AUGGGUUCCGCUACUGAGUCUCAAGGAAAGCCGGCAGCUGCUAGGCUACGACAGCUCCUUCGGGAGGGGGGCAAGACAAGAUUUUGUCCAGGGGUUUACGACGGCAUCACAGCGCGACUAGCAUUGAGAGAGGGCUUCGAUUGUCUCUAUAUGACCGGGGCUGGAACAGCAGCCUCCAGACUGGGCGAGCCAGAUCUUGGUCUCGCUACAAUGAACGACAUGGUGGCGAAUGCCGGAAUGAUCUCUUCGCUAGACCGUUCAGUCCCUGUCAUUGCAGAUGCUGACACAGGUUACGGUGGCCCACUGAUGGUUGCCAGGACGGUGAGAGCCUAUAUCUCUGCCGGCGUGGCUGGCAUGCACCUUGAAGACCAGGUCCAGAACAAGCGCUGUGGUCAUCUGGCAAACAAGGAACUAGUCGAUGAAGAAACGUACCUGACUCGCAUCCGGGCGGCGGUAAUGGCUCGAGAAGAGAUGCGGAGCGUGUCUGGAGGCGCAGCAGACAUUGUUAUCAUCGCACGCACCGACUCUAUCCAGUCGCUGGGGUAUGAAGCGGCUGUCUCACGACUCCGGAAUGCUAUUUUGGCGGGUGCGGAUGUGGCUUUUCCUGAGGGUAUGACGAGUUUGGAACAAUGCAGCCGUGUUUGCAAAGAUCUGGCUCCUACUCCUGUCCUUCUGAACAUGGUGGCCGGGGGUGUCACGCCCGACCUCAGUGUGCCAGAAGCAAAUAAGAUGGGUUUCAGAAUCGUGAUUUUUCCCUCGGUAGCGUUGGACCCUGUAUCGGAAAUGGUUGGAAAUGCGAUGAGGGAACUGAAGAAGAAGCAACUCCCGAUUGUGAGUGACAAUCGGAGGCAAGCAGGUGUGAAGUAUCUGUUUAACAUUCUCGGCCUGGAGGAGCGCAUCGCGUUUGAUGCGGCGGCGGGAGGUAAAUCCUUCGCCAACGGGGCUUGA